AUGGAAACAUUUAGCCUUGAGAGUCACGGGAUAUACUGCACGAAGUUUUUCAGAAACGUGGGUAGUAGGAAGCUGGGAGAGAUGUUCGUUAGGUGGAUGAAGAGAGAAGCAGACGAAAUGGUGCCGUUCGGAAGGCCGAAAACUGAAAUGGAGUUUAGUUACCUGUCAGAAGCAUCAGGGGAUAAGCUGAUAUUCCUAGGUCUGGACUACGAUGAAUACAUGAAGGUGGUGAUAAAAACAAGUGAAGAAGACGCAAAUUCGAGUGAACUCGUGCUAAUAAAUGGGCCGAAGACGAACAUACUCAAGGGCUCUUACGGCAGAGACUUGAAGGACAGACUGGUCAAAUCAAUAAACGCGCUCGUCAGCUGCUUCGAGAACGAUGUGAACAAGUUGUUGACGCUGAUGUCUACCUCGAAGGUUAAAAGUGAGUAUGAUUACUCAGGAUCAAACGCGGUACUGAGUGUGAGUAACCUGGAAGAUUAUGUGAAUUAUCAUAAGAAGCUCGAUGAAAUAAUGAAGGGUAAGAGGAUUGACCUGAGUCAAAGUGAAGAAGUGAAGAAUGAGUUGUCGAAAGCGAAGGCUGAUGAAAAAGCAAGUACCGACAUGAGCAUAGCGAAGUUGGCAGAAGCAAUAAGUGUAACUGAAAGGAAGAAACCCAAGGAACAAAUAAAAACAAUAGUAUCGAAUCUGAAGAAAAAUUUAAGCCUAGACGAGAUGCAAAUGGAAGACUUGUUUAAAAAUGCAAUGGAACGUCUGAACAGACAAGUGGAGGAGAAGAAGCAAAGAGAAGAAGAGAUAUCGAAAUCAAAAUCAACAGAUACAUGGUUUGAAAGUCAAAUGGAGCCAAAAACGAUAAUAGAUAAGGCGGAGGAUCCUUUCUACGCAAUAAUGAAUAACCCAGCUAACAUGGAGACGUCAUUGUUGGUUAGGAAGUAUCAUUCAAUCUCAAAGACGCAGCAGGAAAAGUUGAGAGAAAGAUGGAACAAUAACGCAAAACGAUUAAAUUUGUUGGUAAAUGAGUUGUUUGAAGCUACUCCAGAUGUUCUAUCAACGAUUUGCAAUAAUUACAGGGAUUUGUUGAUAUCAGAAGAUUAUCCGACGAUAAUGAGGAGUUACAUAGUAAAUAAUGGAAUUAGAAGUGAAAGAGAAAAGGAAAGGUUGCGUUACUUAAAUGAAUUUGUAUUGAGUAUAUACAAAGACGCAGAGAUAUACACACUUAAGGAUGAACAGUAUCAGCUGGCGAAAAUAAAGCAAAUAUGUGACUGGGCAAUCAACGAUUUUGAAAAUAUAAAUGACCUGGUUGAAGCGAAUAAGAAUCAGUACGACGUGCACUUUAUGUCGUAUAUAAAGCUGCUGAUACGAAAGGAGUCGGAGAUGUUUGAGAAGUCUGGAGUGUCAAUGAGGCCAGAAAAUAAUCCGUGGCUGUCAAUACUGACAAUAAUACAAAUAGCAAUCAGGUCCAUGAUGGAAGCAGAUAUCGCAGAGGAUUUGAACCUAAUAACGAACAUAGUUCACAUGAAAAUGCCAAAAGUGAGGACGCACAUGACGGAGUUCAUACUGGCAACAAUGCCGAGAUCAGAGUGGAAGUCGUUUAAGAAGUUGGUGUUCACACUAACAGACGCACUGACAAACAAGGGAACGGAAGAAGGAAACAUGACGAACAUUCCGGAGUAUGUGCCGGAAGCGUGCCAUCAGCUGAGAAGAGAAGUGGAAAGUAUGAUACCAGAUUGGAUAAUAGAAGAGUUGCUGUCGGAAAACGACAAGAAGUUGAUGAUGGAAAACAAUGAAGAAGUGACAUGGGAUUGUAGGCGAGAGAAGUACAACAUAGAUAAGAACCUGCUGAGCCAAAAGCAUAAGCAGUACCAGUUCAUGUUGCAUCCGGACAAGCACGCGAAUAAGAGCCCUGACGAACUGGAUCUGAUAACCUCGAACUCGAGUUUGGUGAACACAUACUACAGCACACUGCUGGACGAUAAAAAGAGAGCUAAGUGCCUAUUUGUAAUGAAAUACGGAAAAGAGAAGUUCGAAAAAAUGAUCAGUAAAAGGGAGGAAGAUCAACUGGAACAAAUAAUGGAAGUAAGUGUAAAAAGAAUAAAUAAAAGAGCACAGGCGCACGAAAAGGUGGAAUCUUUAGGAAGCGAAGAAGAAAGGAAGGAAUUGAAGGAGGAAUUCGAGAAGAAGAUAGAGGAUUCAGUAAACAAAAUAGGGAUGAGCUUCGAAAACGAAGUAAACACAAAAACAAAUAAACGUGUUCAGGAACCAGAUUCGAUAAUAGAUAACUACCGGUAUUUGUCGUUUUACAGGCAAAUUUACGAAAAAUUGAAGUGA